AUGCGGCAGGGUGUUCCUGUGGUGCUUCUACAGAUGGUGGAGUUUUUGGAAAAAUACGGUCUCCAUCAGAGGGAAUUAUUCCGUGCCAGUGGAUCAGAGGCACGGCGUGAUGAGUUGAAGAAAAGGCUGAAUGGCGGUGAGUUUCAGUCUUUUCGCAGCGAUGAUGUCCAUGCUGUGGCCUCUCUGCUGAUUCUGUUCCUGAGAGAGCUGCCUAAUGGACUCAUCCCAUGGUGGAGUGCCAAAUGGAUCUUGAGUGUCUAUACAAAAACCAAAGGGAAGGUUUUGGACCUCAAGCGUGCAAAGAAGGUCCUUGAGAGUUUUGCACCCGAAAUCUUCAACAUCCUUUGCUUGCUUAUUCACUUCCUGUCUCGUGCAGCUACUCAUAGUCAUAUCAACCACAUGACUUCAGCAGACUUGUCUGAAAUUUUUGGACCCUGCAUUUUUGCUGUUCGUGACAGCCGCAUCAAACAAGUGGAAGAACAGCUGUGUAUUUAUCUUACACAGCAGCUAAUAGACAAUGUCACGUUCCUGCUUCCGAACACGUACCCUCCCAAACACACCACCGGUGACUGCCCUGCAUCACCCUCUCCUGCUUCUCUGAGUGUGGAAGCAGCCCACAGGACAAUAUUAUCUGGCUUCUGCUUCAGCUGUCUCUCUGUUAUCUGGUGA